GCAGCAGCGGCAGCAGCAGCAGCGGCGGCUGAGGCGCUUUCUCUUGCUGUAACCUAAACAAUGACUCCUACUACAGAGCGGAGGAAAGCACGCCAGUAGAAUGCGUUACACGGAACCCAAACCUUGCUUUUCGCUGCUAUUCCGACCACUCACUUAAACUUACCGACAGUAAACAUGUGGAUACCUACAGAACACGAGAAAUACGGCGUCGUGCUGGCCAGUUUCAGAGGGACCAUCCAGCAUGGCCUCCCGCUGGAAAUUGGAGACACGGUGCAAAUCCUGGAGAAAUGUGAAGGAUGGUACAGAGGAUUCAUCCUGAAGAACCCAAAUGUGAAGGGGAUUUUUCCAUCCAGCUACAUCCACUUAAAGAAUGCCCACGUCAAGAACAAAGGGCAAUUCGAGACAGUCAUCCCUGAUGAAGACUCUGUCAUCACAGAGAUGACAUCAACUCUGCGAGACUGGGGUGCCAUGUGGAAGCAGCUCUAUGUGAAAAAUGAGGGGGAUUUGUUCCACCGGCUUUGGCACGUGAUGAAUGAAAUCUUGGACCUGAGGAGGCAGGUGCUGGUUGGCCACCUCACUCAUGACCGUUUGAGGGACGUCAAGCAGCACAUCACAGCAAGAUUGGAUUGGGGCAACGAACAGCUUGGCUUGGACCUGGUCCCGAGGCGAGAGUUUAGUAUGGUGGACCCCGAUGAAAUCAGUGUCACAGAGCUUUACAGACUGAUGGAACACCGACAUCGUAAGAAGGAGACAUCCACCCCUGCUAGCACCCAUCAUCUGUUUGUCCACGUGAAGAGUCUAAUGAGCGCUAAUCUGGGGGAGGAGCUGGAAGUCUUCUUUCACAUUUACGAUGGACGGGAGAACCGGCCACUCAGUGAAAGGUUCUUUGUAAGGCUGAAUAAGAGCGGGCUGCCCAAGUCACCAGAGAAGACAGAAAGACAAUGCACGCUAUUUGUGGAUUUGGGAAGCAGUGAUCUACGAAAAGAUGUCUACAUCGUUGUGCACAUCAUAAGAAUAGGGAGGAUGGGAGCAGGAGAGAAGAAGAACCAGUGCAACGUACAGUACAGGCGGCCGUUUGGCUGUGCUGUUGUCAGCAUUGCCGAUCUACUUACUGCUGACUCUAAGGAUGACCACCUGCUAAAGGUUUAUACGUGUAACACUGAGAGCGAAUGGUCCCAGAUCCAUGAGAACAUCAUCAAAAAGGCCAAUUCUAGGUACAACUUGUCUGGAUCCAACACUGGUCUGGCAGUGGCUUUGCAGCUCCUCCAUGGGGAUAUAGAUCAACUAAGACGGGAGUACAUGGUCCUUUUCACCCGUGGUGUGUCAAUCACCAGGAAACUGGGCUUCUCUGAUGUCAUCAUGCCAGGAGAGAUGAGAAACGACCUUUACAUCACACUGGAGAAAGGAGAGUUUGAGAAGGGGGGGAAGAGUGUGGCGAGGAAUGUAGAGAUCACCGUGUAUGUGCUGGAUAUUGAUGGACAGAUCCUAAAGGGUCAUGUGGCAGCUGGCUCAGGUGAACCAAGUGUGGAUGAGUACCAUUCCUUGGUGUUGUAUCACAACAACAGUCCCCGCUGGGGCGACCAGAUCAAGCUCCCUAUUCCGGUCGACAUGUUUCGGGGGUCGCACGUCCGCUUUGAGUUUCGACAUUGCUCCACUAAAGACAAGGGAGAGAAGAAACUGUUUGGCUAUUCCUUUGUUCCUCUGAUGCAAGAGGACGGAAGGACUCUGCCAGAUGGCACCCAUGAGCUCAUUAUCCAUAAGUGCGAGGAGAACACCAGCUUGGCUGACUGUUCACGCUACCUGAAGCAGCCGUUCUCCAAGCCCAACCUGCCGUCUAACAAUCAGACGCUGAAAGGCACCAAGGAAUCUUUCUGGAUCACCAGCUUCCUCUGCUCCACCAAGCUCACGCAGAACGGUGAUAUGCUGGACCUGUUGAAGUGGCGAGCCCACCCUGAGAGGAUCAACGACAGCUUAUCAAAGCUGAAGGAGAUCGAUGGCUCGGAGAUUGUCAAAUUUCUCCAGGACACCUUGGACACCCUCUUCGGGAUUUUGGAUGAAAGCUCCCAGAGAUAUGGACUUAAGGUGUUUGAUUCACUGGUCCAUAUCAUCAACCUUCUCCAGGACAGCAAAUUCCAGCACUUUAAACCAGUCAUGGACACCUACAUCGAAAGCCACUUUGCUGGAGCUUUGUCCUACAGGGACCUGAUCAAAGUGCUGAAGUGGUACGUGGACCGCAUUGUUGAUGCAGAGCAUCAGGAUCACAUACAGCAGGUGCUCAAGGCCAGCGAGUACAUUUUUAAGUACAUCAUCCAGUCCCGUCGGCUCUUUUCGCUCGCUACAGGAGGCCAGAAUGAGGAAGAGUUCAGAGUCUGCAUUCACGAGUUGUUCAUGUCCAUCCGCUUCUUCCUCUCGCAGGAGAACAAAGGCACCACGCCCGUCGCACAGACACAGGCCGUGUUCCUCCGAACAUUUCCGGCAAUUUACGGCGAGCUGUUGAAGAUCUUCACGGUGCGCGAGGUGGCCGGUUUCGUCAGGGAGACUCUGGGCAGCCUGCCUACCACCGUCCAUCCUGACUGCCCCCUGGAGGCCGUCAAACUGCAGUGCAUUGCCAAGACUGUGGAAAGCCAGCUUUACAUAAACCCAGAUUCACGAUGCAUCCUGUUGCCGGUGGUGCUUCGAGUGCUACAGGCCCACAUGCAGGAGCAGAGAGACCUGGUCAUGUGUGCCCAGAUCCUCUCCAGCAUGCUUUCUCUAAUCAAGAAGGAGGAAAAUGGCACUGCGGAGCUUGUGGUGUCUGAGGAAGUGGAGCUAAUUGUGGAAAGCCUGCUGGGAGUUUUACUGAGGACUAUCUUGGAAAUUAGCAACCGGCCCCAGCCUGCUGGAACCUCCAUGAGACUACAGUUCCAGGAUGUUACUGGAGAAUUUGUGGCAUGUUUGUUGGCGCUUCUGCGACAGAUGAGUGACAAGCACUAUCAGAAGCUGCUGCAGGCGUUCAGCAGCAAAGACGACCUGAGGGAUUUCCUCCUUCAUAUCUUUACAGUCUUCAGGAUUCUAAUCCGACCAGAAAUGUUCCCUAAAGACUGGACUGUCAUGAGACUGGUCACGAACAAUGUCAUCAUCACAACUGUCCUCUACCUUUCUGACGCUCUGAGGAAAAACUUCCUCAAUGACAAGUUUGACUACAAGGUGUGGGAUUCGUAUUUCUACCUGUCUGUAAUAUUUAUCAACCAGCCCUGUCUUCAACUUGAAUCCUUCUCUCCCUCCAAGAGAAAGAAAAUACUGGAAAAAUAUGGAGAUAUGAGGGUGAUGAUGGGCUGUGAGAUCUUCAGCAUGUGGCAGAAUUUAGGUGAACAUAAGUUGAACUUCAUCCCAGCAAUGAUUGGGCCGUUCCUGGAGGUGACGCUGGUGCCUCAACCUGAUCUGAGAAAUGUCAUGAUCCCCAUUUUCCACGACAUGAUGGACUGGGAGCAAAGACGCAGUGGCAAUUUUAAGCAGGUGGAGGCCAAGUUGAUUGACAAGCUGGACAGCCUGAUGUCUGAAGGCAAAGGCGAUGAGACAUACAGGGAGCUCUUCAACAGCAUAAUUCCUCUGUUUGGUCCGUACCCUAGCCUGCUGAAGAAGAUCGAGAGAGAGACCUGGAGGGAGAGCGGGAUCUCUCUGAUCGCUACCGUCACUCGUUUAAUGGAAAGACUGCUAGACUACAGGGAUUGCAUGAAGUUGGGAGAAGUGGAUGGCAAAAAGAUCGGAUGUACUGUCAGUUUACUGAACUUCUACAAAACAGAGUUGAACAAAGAGGAGAUGUACAUCCGCUACAUUCACAAACUGUAUGAUCUGCAUCUGAAAGCACAAAACUACACAGAGGCGUCCUACACCCUGCUGCUCUAUGACGAGUUAUUGGAAUGGUCAGACAGGCCGCUCAGAGAGUUUCUCAACUACCCCAUGCAGAGCGAGUGGCAAAGGAAAGAAUAUUUGCAUCUCACUAUCAUCCAAAACUUCGACAGGGGGAAGUGUUGGGAGAAUGGCAUCAUCCUUUGCAGAGAGCUUGCUGACCAGUACGAGUCGUACUACGACUACAGGAACUUGAGUAAAAUGAGGAUGAUGGAAGCAUCUCUCUAUGACAAGAUCAUGGAUCAGCAAAGAUUAGAACCUGAAUUCUUCAGAGUCGGAUUCUAUGGGAAGAAGUUUCCUUUCUUCUUACGGAAUAAGGAGUUUGUGUGCCGAGGCCAUGACUACGAGAGGCUGGAGGCAUUCCAGCAGCGGAUGCUCAACGAGUUCCCCCACGCCAUCGCCAUGCAGCACGUAAACCAGCCCGACCAGACCAUAUACCAGGCAGACGCACAGUACCUACAGAUCUAUGCUGUAACCCCCAUCCCCGACAGUCAGGAUGUGCUACAGAGAGAUGGAGUGCCUGACAACAUCAAAAGCUUCUACAAGUUUAAUCACAUCUGGAGGUUCAGAUAUGACCGGCCCUUUCACAAGGGCACCAAAGACAAGGAGAAUGAGUUUAAGAGUCUGUGGGUGGAGAGGACAACUCUGACUCUGAUCCAGAGUCUUCCAGGCAUCUCCCGCUGGUUUGAAGUUGAAAAGAGAGAACUGGUGGAGGUAAGCCCACUGGAGAAUGCGAUUGAGGUGAUCGAGAACAAGAACUUGCAGUUGCGCACAUUGAUCUCCCAGUGUCAGAGCCGGCAGAUGCAGAACAUCAACCCUCUCACCAUGUGCCUCAACGGGGUCAUCGACGCCGCAGUCAACGGGGGACUGGCCCGCUACCAAGAGGCCUUUUUCGUGAAGGACUACAUUAUGAAUCACCCCGAGGACGGAGAGAAGAUCGGGCGACUGAGAGAGCUCAUGUUCGAGCAGGCACAUAUAUUGGAGUAUGGCCUCGCGGUGCAUGAGAAGUUUGUUCCUCAAGAUAUGAGACCCCUGCACAAGAAGUUAGUGGACCAGUUUCAUCUCAUGAAGUCCAGUCUAGGCAUACAGGAGUUUCCAGCGUAUGUGCGUGCGAGCCCGGUGCACUUCACCAACGGAAGCCCGCGGACGUGCAGGAACUCCGUGCCCAGCAUCAUUAGCCCAGAUGGCGGCAGAGGAGUUGCCAGGCGGAGUUUCCAACGAAGAACCAGCUACCCUGCGGUGAACCGUUACUCCUCGUCCUCUCUGUCAUCUCAAGCCUCCAAUGAAGUCAGUAACAUCACAGGGCAAUCGGAGAGCUCGGAUGAAGUCUUCAACAUGCAGCCCAGCCCAUCUACCUCGAGCCUCAGCUCCAACCAUUCUGCCUCGCCCAACGUCACCAGCUCGGCCCCGUCCAGUGCCAGAGGAUCCCCUCAGAUGGCAGAGAAACACAAGCAUUCCAGAGAAAAUGCCUGUCUGUCUCCACGAGAGAGACCGGUCAGUGCCAUCUUCCCCAACCCCCUCGAUCCUGCACAGAGAGCCCCUGCUCAUCAGAUAGGCGAUACCACUUUACCGAGGAGUGACCCCAACCUCUCAGCGCCAGAUAAAGUGAGGCCCGCUCCCAGUAGUUGGAGCCUAGACAGUGUCAAAGAGGGUAUGCCACACUCCUCUGACUCUGGUGGCAGAAUGCUAUGCCCUCCUGUACCUCCUAGGCCACCGUACUCAGGCUCCUCGGCUAAAAACAUGAGGUCACAGUCUCCUGUUCCCACAUCCAGAUCACCGCAAAAGACCACAGUGCCACCUUUCACCCCUUCGCCCACUGAGUGCCAAUCUGCCAGUCUGGUCUCCAACUCCCCAGUUCUGUCCGGCAGCUACAGCAGCGGCAUAUCCUCCCUCAGUCGCUGUAGUGUGUCCGAAGCUUCAGGAACCGAGCUCCCCACAGGUGACCAUCCGCCCCACCAACUGCCUCCACCUACCACCUUGCCAAACUCUGUCUCCAGUAGCUCGGACGAGCCCAUCCGCAGAGAGAACAAGACACCGCCACCCUACAGUGUGUACGAGAGGAACAACCCCCGCAGGCCCGUGCCGCUUCCCCACAGUCUCUCCAUUCCCCCACAGACGGACCCCCCAGCCCUGCCGCCCAAACCUCACCAGCUCCGCACAGGCAGCAUGAAGUUGGAUGGAACCGCCGACCCUCGAGUCCCCAGACCGAGGCCUCUGCCCAGGAAGGUGUCUCAGCUAUAGGUGCUGGUUACAGAGCACACGAAAGGAGAUGGUGGGAAGAAAAAAAACUGGCAUAUUUUGCACUUUUCUACAUGGCACUCACUUUUUUUUAGAGACAUUCAAUUUGGCAUUCCUGACCUACACUCCAGUAAAAGACACAAGCCUACACAUUAACAGGCAGUCUAGAAACUGAAAAGCUGGCAGAUAAAGUUUCUUUUGUAUUUACUAGAGGGCAUUGCAUUGACUUUGACUUGGUCGUUCUGCACUUUUAGCUCUAGUACAUACAAUAGCUCACCACAGUCAGUUGUAACACCACACGUUUACCGAACACUCUAGAAAAACACAGUUUUGAUAGAUGUAAUAAUCUCAAAUAUAUGUAUAUUGGUAUAUAUGAGAAUUGUUUUGCCUUAAGUAUUGGAAACAGAGUCUUUUAUCUGUGAGUCUUGCACGUUUUUUUCCCCUUAACAGCUCAGUAUAUUUGUAUACUGUACGGCUAAAAAAAAAAGGUGCUAGAGGCCUCGAGUAUGCAUUUCAUUGAAGUGUACGUAGUAGACAACGGUGUGUUCUUAUUUUCAUAUCCACAUAAGCAGUGGUACAAAAACCUCAAACUUUGAACUGAUACUAACAAAAAUGUAUGGAAUUCAAAAGAUCUAAUAACAGUGUUGUUGAUUUUACAAAUUUGACCGCAGUUGUGACCUUAUUUGUUAUUAAUAUGCAGUAAUACAGAAACUCUGGCAAAUGCAACUUUGGCACAAUAAUGAGAGCAGUUUUACUUCAUGUGGUCACAUUCAAUUUGAAACCUCAGCAGACUUUUAGUGUGAUUUGAAAUUUAAAGAAACCACUCUGCUGCCAUUCUUUCUUCUGAAAUUCGAACAUUUUUAAAUCAGCGACUUGCUAAAAUUACCCAUAGUGACAAGAAGAGUCUGGACCAAACACAUAGGUAAAGGUAGGUGCAGUUUCUAACGCAAGCUGGAAUUUUUACAAUGCCUAUUGCCGUUAACGUGAACACAUCCUAUUCCUCCUGCAUGAUGUAUAUGACAACAGGGAGGGGGGGAGGGGAUCGAGUAAUGUGCCAAAGGAAACUGAACAAUGUGCUGUCGAGAACCUUUUUCUUUUUCUUUUUUUAAACUGGGACCUGGAAUCAAGAAAAUAGGAGAAGCUCAGCUGCAAAAGGGUCUCUUUUUCCCUGUUUUCCUAAUAAAUAAUAAACUUUACCCCAAAAUCUAAAUUAAUCUUUAACCUACUGAUAAGACGAAACUUUCGAAAAGCACAAACAAUAGCUUGUCGUCCGCAUUAUGACCUGUACUGUUAUUCUAAAGUCUUUAUUUGACAAAGCAGUAAUUGGAGCAGAUUUUCACAGUCAGCAGUGACCUUAAAACACAUGAGGAAUGAUGUUGUGUUGGGAAAAUAUUUACAAGCUAAUCACUGACAAAUAUUUGUACAGUUGACGUCUACUUUCUGUUUAAUUAAAAAGAGGACGUGAGUUGACUUCUCAGCACAACCACAUCGCAUUGCUGCAGUGAAGUAAAUGUUCUGUGGCAGGCAAAUCUCAAACUGUUUUGUAAAAUGGAGACAUUUUUUUUGGCAUAAUAUAUUAAUAAAUUCAAUCCUGUGCAAAAUGUUUUUGGCUGGGGGGCGGGAAUGGGUAGCUUUGGUAUUGUUUGGAUAUGUUUCAUUUUUUGUACGGUUGAUUUACUUUUUGAUUUGUUGUGAAUUAUUUGAGAUUAAAUAUUCACAUUAAUCAGCACUUGAGAACCUGUAAAUUAAAUGAGAUUAAUGUAAGUAUGCCAAAUAUAAAAUUUGUGUAUUACAAUUAAUGUAAAUACUGUGUUUUUAACAAAAUGUAGCUAUAACAAUUUACAGCUUUGAAUGUAAUGUUGAAGCAGCAAAUUAUUAUUAUAAAUGUUCAAACUUUUAUGGUUUUGUGAGUGUAGAAAAACUGAGGUCAUGCAUAAUGACUCCUAACUCAUUUACAAGUUCAAUAAACUGCCCUAUGUCAUAUA